AUGCCACCCACAAACAGUCUCUGGCACGCGCAGCAGCGAGCAAGCAAAGAAAGCAACGAAAACACCAAAAAGCAAUAUAUCUGCCCCGCAGAAACAACGCCGCACCGCGCCACAAUCCUCGGCUUCCCCUCACGCUGCUCCACGCUCCCGGGCCUGUACAAGCGCACCUGCAACGAGAUCGUCGACCUAGCCGGGACGAUCGCAGUCUUCGAGCCCGUGCGCCUGCAUGUGCGGCCCGAAGACCAGGCGCGCGCGCAGACGCUCGUCAACCAGCGGCUGCAGGCGUCGUCAGACGCUGAUAAGAACAGACAGCAGGGGCGCAUCUCGCUCGUGCCGUGCGCCACGAACCACUGCUGGGUGCGCGACACGGGCCCCGUGUACGUGCGCGGAGCCGAUGACCAGCAGCGGUAUGCAGUCGACUUUGGAUUCUGCGAGUGGGGGAAUAAGACGGACGAGUGGAUCUAUGGUGGCAGCGCGGAGACGAAGACAAAGACAGCAUCAAAGACAGAGAGUGAAACGCCUGACGACUGGCCCGAGAUGGACGAGUCAUCCCGGCGCGAGAACGCAGUCUUUGCAUCGCGCGCACUAGAACUCGAGAACGCCGCCGACCCCACGAACCCUGUGACACGGGUACAAGCCGCGAUCCGGCUCGAGGGCGGUGGCCUCGAGUUCGACGGCGAAGGCACGUUCAUGGCAACCGAGAGCAGCAUCGUCGAAGCGGGGCGGAAUGGCGGCCUCUCGCGCGCAAACUGCGAAGCCGAGCUGCGCCGGCUGCUGGGCAUCGAGAAAUUCAUCUGGUUCCCCGGCCGUCUGGGGCUGGAUAUCACAGACUGCCACGUCGACGCCGAGGCACGGUUCGUGCGGCCGGGCGUGGUGGUGCUAAACCGGCCGCGUGGGUCUGCCUCUUCUGAGUCUGCUGAUCCCGUUUACUGGGAGAUGUAUAACGAAAUGCGCUCGAUCCUAGAGUCCUCGACCGAUGCGCGCGGCCGCCGCUUCGAGAUCCACGAUGUUGAAGAACCCGAUCUGGCGCUGGUGAAGGGGACGCUGGCGCACGAGGAGGAGGCGCCUGCGGCGUCGUAUGUGAACUUUUAUUUUGUGAAUGGCGGGCUGGUCAUCCCUGCGUUUGGGGAUCCCGUUGCGGACCGGAAUGCGCUCGAGGUGUUGCAGAAGCUUCUUCCUGAUAGGGAGAUCCGGCAGGUUGCUGUGAACGCGCUGCCGAGGACUGGGGGCGUGCUGCAUUGUGUUACGCAGCAGGUGCUAUAA